AUGUUUUCCAACGCGCUAAAGUCAUUCAGCUCCAAUAUCUCCGCCAACUAUCAGAUCUCCCCUCAUGCCACUAUCUAUUCGGGUCCUUGGAAAAUCCAUGAUGCCAAGAAGAAAUCCACCGGGACUCCCGCCUCCGUCUUUAUCUUCGAUCGCAAGACCCUCGAGCCACGAUCCGGUGGCUUUGGCUCUCGUUCAGGCUCCGGUACAAAAAAGAUCCAAGACGAUGUGAUUGAACGACUCAAGCGGGAAGCUGGGAAUCUCGCCAAAUUGAGACACCCCUCAAUCCUUCAGGUGCUGGAGCCAGUCGAGGAGACCCGCGGCGGCGGCCUCAUGUUUGCGACAGAGCAUCUGACCGCAUCAUUGUCAGGGCUCCUCUUGGAUAAGAACGAGCAAGAGGGCGCAUCCGGUGGCGGCUCGCGGGCGGGCCGUUACAUGGUGGAGAGUGCGGAUGGCACUCGCAGACGGCGGGAAUUUGAAAUUGAUGAGUUGGAAAUCCAAAAGGGGUUGCUCCAGGUCGCCAAGGGUCUGGAGUUCCUCCACGAAUCCGCUGGCCUGGUUCAUGGUAAUCUCAACCCGGAUGCUAUUUACAUCAAUGCCAAGUCAGACUGGAAGAUCUCCGGCCUUGGAUUUGCCGGGCCUCCAGAUUCCUCCGAGACUCCCUCAUCAUUACCACCGCUCGCCGUCUCCGAGGUUUUGUAUCAAGACCCAAGACUGCCAGCCUCCGUCCAACUCAAUAUGGACUUUACCUCCCCAGACUUUGCUUUGGAUUCCAACGUUUCAUCUGCGGCUGAUUUAUUUUCUUUGGGCCUCAUCAUUAUUGCUCUUUACAAUUCGCCUCAUGUCUCCCCGCUAGAAACCCAUAUGAAUCUGUCGACAUAUAAAAAGCUCCUUAGCUCUCCUUCAACAACCCCAUCUCAAAGCAACAAUUUCCUUUGCACGAAUCCCAUUCCUAAGGAUGUUCAAUCUCAAGUCCUCCCCCGCCUCAUUACUCGGAGACCGGCUCAGCGCAUGAAUGCCCGCGAGUUUCAACAAUCCCAAUAUUUCGACAAUGUUCUGGUAUCAACCAUCCGCUUUUUAGAGUCUUUACCUGCCAAGAACCCAAAUGAGAAGUCUCAAUUCCUAAGAGGGCUUCAACGGGUUUUGGCAGACUUCCCCAUCUCAGUGUUGGAAAGAAAGCUCCUCGGGUCCCUGUUGGAUGAAAUGAAGGAUCGUGAGCUACUUGCCCUGCUGCUACAGAACGUCUUUGGUAUUCUUAAACGAAUCCCCAAUGGACGUCGCAUUUUUCCCGAGAAAAUUAUCCCUCGCUUGAAGGAGGUCUUUGGAACCGGCCCAGGAAAAGCAACAGCCCCCGAACGCGACUCCAAGAAGGAUGCAGGGCUCAUGGUCGUGUUGGAGAACAUGAAACUUGUCACAGAAAAUUGUUCUGGCAUGGAAUUCAAAGAUGAUAUUCUACCAUUUAUACGGCUUGGUUUGGACUCCCCCACCCAUUCCCUGGUGGACGCUUCUAUUAAGUGCCUGCCUGUAUAUCUGUCCACGCUCGAUUUUAGCACCGUCAAAAAUGAAGUUUUCCCGCCUAUCGCAAGCACUUUCAGCAAAACAAGCAGUCUCGCUAUCAAGGUCCGCAGCCUGGAGGCUUUCGCCGUCUUCCAUCCAAGACCGCUAAAUCAUCUAUCCUGGACAAGUACACCAUCCAAGAAAAGCUUGUUCCUUCCUCUCAAGGCCAUCAAGACAAAAGAACCUUCCGUCAUGAUGGCAGCUCUUAAGGUGUUCCGUGAAGUUGGAAAGGUUGCCGACACGGAGUUUCUCGCUCUGGAGGUACUUCCCAUUCUCUGGAGCUUCAGCCUUGGUCCCCUCCUGAAUUUGAGCCAAUUCAACGAGUUCAUGACCUUAAUCAAGUCUCUGUCGAUCAAAAUCGAGAAGGAACAAACCCGAAAGCUCCAGGAGCUUUCGUCGGGUGGAGACUCUGGGGGUUUCCAGAAUGGUGCCAACGGUUUCUCGCAGUCUGCCACCGACCUUACUUCUCCUGAUGGGGACAGUGCCAAAAACAACUUCGAACGACUUGUUCUUGCCAAACAAAAGCCGUCAUCAAAUGGCAAGGACGCUGACAUUUGGGGGAGCAUGGAGCCAGAACCAGCCACCAAACGGCCCAGCAUGUCACCUGCAUUCUCAUGGUCCACUAACCACUCUGGCCAGGGUGCAUCGAACCAGCUGGGCAUCCGAUCCAUUACCCCUGACCAGAAGUUGAACACGAUCCCUUCGCUCGAGCCUGGGCGGCAGACAUCACCCCCAAUGACAAAUUCGCCCUUUCCAUCUAUGCAACCCAUGCAGCCAGCUCAAACCUGGAACAUCCAGAAUCAGGCUAUGAAUAGACCUGGCUCUCUGUCUUCGCUAUCCAGCAUGUCUACCGGAACACCAAUGUCCCAGCCGGCCUUACAACAACAGCAAAGCCCAAACUACUCGUCAUUCUCCAUACCACCACCGCCAGCAAACAUGGGCACCACAAGCCCAAAUAAUUCGAUCAGGACACCCUCGCUAAGUAUGAAUAUGAACAUGAAGGCAACCACCCAACCGCCGCAGCCGCCGCAGCCGCCGCAGCAACAGAGAUCGGGACUUGCUAAAUACGAGAGUCUAUUAUGA